AUGCCGAGCCACAAGUCUUUCCGCACGAAGCAGAAGCUCGCCAAGGCGCAGAAGCAGAACCGCCCCAUCCCCCAAUGGAUCCGUCUUCGCACCGGUAACACCAUUCGUUACAACGCGAAGAGACGCCACUGGCGCAAGAGCAAGCUCGGCAUCUAA